AUGAUAGACAAGAAGUUUGGUUUGGGUCCUGAUGUCACAGUCAUCAAAGACACAAUUGCAAAGACAUCCAAAGAUGAAAAUUGGGAUGAUGACCAGCUACUUGGAUUUGAACCUUGCAAUGAAAACCUUAUAACAGGUUGUAAUAUAAUCAAUGGGAAAUGUGAAUGUGACACCAUUCGGACCUGUAAUAAUCCAUUUGAGUUUCCAAGCCGGGAUACUUGCCUGUCAGCUUUAAAAAGGAUUGAAGAAGAGAAACCUGACUGCUCCAAGGCCCGCUGUGAGGUCCAGUUCUCUCCUCGCUGUCCAGAAGAUUCCAUCUUGAUUGAAGGUUAUGCUCCUCCUGGUGAAUGCUGUCCACUCCCAAGCCGUUGUGUGUGCAACCCUGCAGGUUGCUUGAGGAAAGUUUGCCAACCAGGCUACCUGAAUAUAUUGGUUUCUAAAGCAUCAGGGAAGCCAGGAGAGUGCUGUGACCUCUAUGAAUGUAAACCAGUUUUCAGCGUGGAUUGCAGCACAGUGGAAUGCCCUCCUGUUCAGCAAGUCGUUUGCCCCCUGGAUAGCUAUGAAACCCAAGUCAGGCUGACUGCUGAUGGUUGCUGUACUCUGCCUACAAGGUGCGAGUGUCUCUCUGGUCUAUGUGGUUUCCCCAUGUGCGAGGCAGGCUCCAUUCCUCAAAUAGUCUCACGUGGAGAUGGAACACCUGGCAAGUGCUGUGAUGUCUUUGAAUGUGUCAAUGAAGUCAAGCCAACUUGCAUAUUUAAUGGCGUGGAAUACUACGAUGGAGACAUGUUUCGAAUGGAUGCUUGUCGUUUUUGUCGAUGUCAGGGUGGCGUAUCCAUUUGUUUCUCAGCCCAGUGUGGUGAGCUGCACUGUGACAGAUACUAUGUGCCAGAAGGAGAAUGCUGUCCAGUCUGUGAAGAUCCAGUUUAUCCAGUUAGUAACCCUGCUGGCUGCUAUGCCAAUGGACAGAUUCAAGCACAUGGAGAUCGCUGGAGAGAAGAUGAUUGUACAUUCUGCCAGUGCAUCAAUGGGGACCCUCACUGUGUGGCAACAGCUUGUGGUCAGAGCUGCUUGAAUCCUGUUAAAGUGCCUGGGGAAUGCUGCCCAGUAUGUGAAGAACCAACGUACAUCACAAUAGGCCCACCCACAUGUGAGAUGUUGGUGAACUGCACAUUGACUGAAAAAGAUUGCAUCUACAGUUUCAAACUGGAUCCAAAUGGUUGCCGCAUUUGUCAGUGCAAAACUAGAGAGGAGCUGUGUACUGGCCUCAUAUCAGGUUGUUCCUUGGAUUGUUCCUUCGGUUUCCAGACUGAUGCCCACAACUGUGAGAUCUGUCAGUGCCGCCCACGGCCUAAGAAAUGCAAACCAAUAGUAUGUGACAAGUACUGUCCAUUUGGAUACUUGAAGAACAAACAUGGCUGUGAAAUCUGUCGCUGUAAGAAAUGCCCAGAACUACCUUGUGGUAAGAUCUGUCCAAUGGGCUUCCAGCAGAACAAUCAUGGUUGUCUUAUCUGCAAGUGCAGAGAGGCACCAGCUUCUCUUAUGCCACCAGUAAAAACAGGCUCAUGCCUGUCAAUGGAUGGGCGCCGUCAUGAAAAUGAGGAGAGCUGGCAUGAUGGUUGCAGAGAAUGUUACUGUCACAAUGGACGGGAGAUGUGUGCCUUGAUAACCUGCCCUGUUCCUAACUGUGGCAACCCCACCAUACAUCCAGGACAAUGUUGUCCAUCGUGUCCAGAUGAGGUAAUUGUACAGAAACCAGAACUCACCAGUCCAUCCAUCUGCCAUGCUCCAGGAGGAGAAUAUUUUGUGGAAGGGGAAACAUGGAAUAUUGAUUCCUGCACCCAAUGUACUUGCCAUAGUGGACGUGUCCUGUGUGAGACUGAAGUCUGCCCACCUCUUCUUUGUCAAAAUCCCACCCGUACACAGGACUCCUGUUGUCCUCAGUGUCCAGAUGAACCUCUUCAGCCUUCUUCAUCAAACAAUGAGAGCAUGCCUAGUUACUGCAAAAAUGAUGAAGGAGAUAUUUUCCUGACUGCUGAAUCCUGGAAACCCAAUGUCUGCACUAGUUGUAUUUGCAUGGAUGGAGUGAUUAGCUGCUACUCUGAAUCUUGCCCACCAGUGUCGUGCGAAAGACCCGUUCUGAGAAAGGGACAGUGCUGUCCUUAUUGUAUCGUUUCCAGGCCUGAUGCAACGAGGUUCUUGAUGUCUCCAAUUCCUAAUAAGUCAGUGGGAGUUAAAGGCCUAAUAAUGCAUCCAGCUAUCCAGAACAGCUGCAACACACACGAAGAUACAGUACCAAAGAAGGUGGUGUGCCACUUCAAUGGAAAAACAUAUGCAGACGAAGAACGUUGGGACAUUGACAGCUGCACACAUUGCUACUGUUUGCAGGGUCAGACCCUUUGCUCCACUGUCAGUUGCCCACCUCUCCCAUGUAUAGAGCCUAUCAAUGUUGAAGGAAGCUGUUGUCCCAUGUGUCCAGAGAUGUAUGUACCUGAGCCCACCAACAUCCCUAUUGAGAAAACAAAUCACCAGGGAGAUAAUGAACUCGAAGCACCAAUUUGGCCUACACCCAGUGAAAAUGACAUUGUCCAUCUCCACAGAGACAUGAGUCAUCUUCAAAGUGAUUAUAGAGAAGGCAAAGGACCACAACCAAAUGAAGAUACAUCUCUCAGCUCUGUUGCUUGGGUGACAGUUCCUAUCAUGACUGCCCUGAUUCUUAUAAUAGCCCUUCUGCUUGUCAAUCAGAAAAAGCAGUGGAUACCUGUGUCUUGCUACAAAGCCCCAACAAAGCCUUCUUGCCUAAAUAAUCAGCUGGUAUACGUGGACUGCAAGAAAGGUACAAUGGUCCAGGUGGACAGUUCUCAAAGGAUGCUAAGAAUUGCUGACCCAGAUUCAAGAUACAGUGGAUUCUACAGCAUGCAAAAACAGAACAACCUACAGGCAGAUAAUUUCUAUCAAACAGUUUGAAGAAUUGCAUCCUUGCCAAGGAUUUGAGAGAGAGAAAUUGAGAGAGAGAGCGCGCGCGAGAGAGAGAGAGAGAGACUGAGUCUGCUAUUAAAAUAAAACUAGAAUUGUGCACUUGCUUAGUGGAUUGUAUUGGAUUUGUGACUUCAUGUACAGCUCUAAGACCUUACUGGGAUGGGCUCUGACUCCUGCAAUGUGCCAGAACAAGCAUUCCCACUUUUCCUUGAAAUAACUGACCAAGUGUUUUCUUAGAACCAAAGUUUUAAAACUUGUGAAGAUGUAUUUGCUUGUAACAUAGCUCUAGAGAUUGUUUGGGAGGGGGAAUUUGGGGUGGGUGGUGGGUGGUGACGUGAGAGGAAGCUUUGAAAAAGAAAAGCUGGUCAAGCUUGGCUUGAAGAGAAAACACACAAAGGGCAUUGCCAAGCAUCAGGAUGGUGGCUUUUCCUGUUGCUCUAAAACUGCAUUUGUUGCAGCAAAGCCUAAACCCAUGUGAAAAAACAACCAACAAAAAGGUCUGAUUUUUUUUUUCAGCUGUUGCUACAAUAAUAUACUCCUAGAACAGAACCUGUCACAUCACAGGUAUGGUGUAGCUGCAAAUAUUUUUCUAUAUGACAAGAAGCUGCAGUAGUUAACAAUAUAGCAAGAAAGAGGUUAUAGCAGAAUAUAAAGGGUGGGUUUAUUAAGGAUGUAUAAAAUUAUACCUUGUGCUGCUUUUUGUUUUUGUUUUGUUUUCUUCAAAAGCUGAUUGGCCAGAUUUUGGCAGAGUUAGCAGAUGACUGAGGCAUAAGUAAUUCCUGAUAUGAGCACUGGAUCUUUUGACAACAGUAUUGAAGAAAGAAAGGAAAAGUCAAGAACACCAUGCAGUUCCAGGGGCUUUUGUUUGUUUGUUUGUCUUGUUUUUGUUUGUUAUUUUGUAUUAAUCUCUGGUUGUUCAUACCGUUUCAAUAGAGAAGAAGGAAAAACUAUUUUUGUUGGACAAAGCUCUUGCUUAAACGAGAGAGUAAAAAAGAGACUGGUGUAAGGUUUUUCCUGUUGUUGUUCUUAUUUACUGGUUAUGCAGAUUAGAAACUACUUCCAUGCUAGGAAGCUGCUUAAUUUUAAUUGUAUAUUACUCAAGCACCUUUUUGAAGCUCAGAAAAAAGGAGAUCAUGCUUCUUUAAACUUUAGCAGUAUAGGAAUAUUUAUGUAAAUAUAAUUAUGCUAAAAAACAACAAAAAGUAUUUGUAUGCCUGUGUGUAUGUAUAUAUACAUGUGUGUAUGUAUGCAUAUGUAUUUAUACGUGUGUAUGUACAUAUACACACUACAUAUGUAUAUAUACCGUAUAUAUAGUAUUUAUAUAUAUAUACAGUAUAUAUAUAAUUUUUUAUUUUUUUUCUUGUUGAAUGUAUUUUUAUCUGAGAGAGAUUUUACCCAGAGCAGAAACAGAUAAACAGGCAUUCCAUAUCAGUGCUUAAUCACUUGUGAGUUUAGGAAAGACAAAAGGAGAGCAUCUCAUUCUACCUACAGUUUUAUUUGAUUUGAAAGUGUUUUGUGUGUGCGUGUGCGUGUGUGCGUGUAUGUACAUGUGGGUGUGUGUGUGCACUCUUGUGUUUGCGUGUGUACAGUACGUGCACGAUUUAUAGAAGUAAGCAUUGCUCUUGCUACUUGCUACAUUUCAGGGUGUUUCUUAUUUCUUUUCCUGCUUGGCCUUAAAAAGGCUUUUAAUGAAUGAGUUGGCUAGAGACACUGAUGACAGUAUACAUGCAGCACUAAUCAGUUCCACAGAAUAACACCAUCAGCUCCUGGAUUUUAUUUUUCAAACAAUUGUUUGAAACAACUACUGGAAUAUUGUCCACAUUAAGCUGGAAGUUUGUUGUAGCUUGCCUCAUUUAUAACUCUGACUGUAUAAUACAAUGUUAACUUUCCAAACAGGUCUUGGCACUUUUAUACUAAUUACCCAUUUGUGCAUUGCCUUUUUUUCUUUUACAAAUGCUUGUCAUGAAAGACACAGAUACCCAGUAUGCUUAAUGUGAAAAGGAAAUGUAUUUUUUGUAAAGGAACUCUCAAGUAUUGUUGUAAAUACUUGGUCAGAGGUUGCUGAACUUUAAAAGUGAAAAAAACUAAUUUAUUAUUAUAAUGACCUAAUUUAUUAAUCUGAACAUUAACGAUUUUUUGCUUUAGAAUAUCAAAAAGGUGUUCUAGCUGUUUGCAUCAAAGAAAAAAAAUAGGUAUGUCAUUAAGGGUCAACAUUUUUUCUGUUUAUAAGGUUUCAGUUUCCAAAAACAAGUAAGAAAAAAAUGUAGUCUCCCCAACAUUUUGUACUUAAUCUGAUAAUGAAACGGAUAUGUUUCUGUCCAGUCGUUACAAAGAUUCUGUCAAGACACAUCAUCCAUUCCUUGCAUAAGAGUAAGCAGUCUUUAUCCAGAAAUUGUAAAUGCUUGCUUUUGUUUUACAAUCAAGGCCAUAUUCUGGAAAUAUUAGCAGGAUAUAGGACAUGGUGUAAAAUGUUUUUUAUUAUUAUUAUUUUAUUAUUAUUAUUAUUAUUUUAAAGAUAUGAUUUAUCUUAUGUGCUGUAUCCAUUUCACUCUUUUACUUUGGUUCCUGUUGUGCUCUUGUAAGAGAAAUGCAGAUAUCAUUUUCUGAAAAAAUAAAAUAGAUGCAUAUGUGGCACUUGGAGUGCACUGCGGUUCGGCAGAUUGCUUGUUUACUUUUUUAACUGUAAGGCGGUUUCUUGUAAUUUGGCUCUUGGCAGCACAAUAAAAAUUUUAAACCUAA